GCGGUGCGCGGGGCGCGAAGCACGGGCGGGGCGGGCCGGGAGAGCCGCGCCGAUCCGUGGCGCUCUGCAGCUCCCGUCGCUCGAGCGGUGCCUGCCGCAGCAGCUUCUGCCCCCCCGGACCCGCCAACGAAGCCCGAUGUCACGCCUGUCCCUCGUGUUCGCGUUGGCGGCCGUGAGGGCCACGCUCGCCAACGUGGCCGUCCGCGCCAACGCGACCGUCGACGUCAACCAGAAGGUCAUCAUCGAUGGCUCAGAGGUUUACUCGCAAAGUUCAGGGUUCGCUUCUUUGAACACCUGCGGCCAGUUUUUGCGGGACGCGGUCAACGACGCGAGCCGGCCCAACAUCCAAGUCUGCGGGACUUCGACGAAGAUUACCGUGUACCUCCGGAACCGUUGCAAAAAGUAUUAUGAGUACGAUCUUGACCUCGGAACAUGCAACACUGGGGCCGCAUCUACCACCUGCGUGACCGCCAGCCCCGCCACGACGUCGUGGCUUCAGGCUGCGCAGAGCUACAAGAUCACCCAGUGCUGAGCGGAGCUGUGCAGGCCGCCUUCUUCCUCGUGUUCAGGGGCGCCCUGCUCCGAGAUCUCCGGGGGAGACGAGCGAGAAGCCACUUGAGGAUGGAGCAGAAACAGAGCCAG